UCAGGCCGUGCCUCCUGCUUCACAAACAACAGACGGACAGAGGGGACGGUAGAACAGAAGGAUCUCCUCAUAUCUGUUCAACAGUGUUGUGUGCAUCCUGCGGUCUGCUUUUGGUUUGUCAGAAAACACUGAGCUUUGUCGUUUUUAACAGUGUGGGAUGUCUCUACCCACAAGAACAUCCAUGUGAUAUUACUAACCAAAGGAUCCUCACUAUAAGAUGUGGCUCCUGCGUUUCUUUUCUUGGAGAAUGGAUUGUUGUUGAAGCGAGGACAAUGACUGAGGCCUUGCUUACUGAUGGAUAUACACCGUUAGGUUUUAUGUCCACCCUGGGAUCGGAAUUUCCUCAUCUUGUUUGGACUUUCCCUUAAUUGGAUGGUAUCUAAUGAGGCAUGUAAGCAAAGAGAUUUCCUUUCCUUGUUAGAGUACUUGACCGUGUUAACAGUGAAGGAAAUGAAAGGAGCAAAGGCGAGUACCAAAGUUAUUUAAAUGGCAGUGAGGAUAUCGUGUCCCCAAAUAAUGUGCAGGGAGCUGGAUGUGGCAAAGGCUGAUGGGGAGGAAGACUCUUUUCAGUCAGUCUCCCGGUGUCCAGCUUGUAACCAAGAAUAUGACGUGGCACUGAUCCUGCCAUGCUCUCACACCAUGUGUGGUCAGUGCGUAGCUGCUGGAGAGAGAACAAGCUCAGGUCAGUCUCUCCACCGCCGUGUCGGCCUCUCUGUCUGCUCUGUGCUGUGCCCCAGCUGCCGACAUCCUGUGGAGCUGCCAUGCGGGACCUGGUCCUCUGCCACUUCCUGUUUACCAAAACAUCCUUGGCUGAGUCCUGCACGUGUCGGCAGGGAGACGGGUAACAUGGAGGGAGCAUCUGAAGAUCACCUUCAGCAUGUGCAGGGUCACACACACUGCAGGGAUUCAGCACACAGCUGUUUACAUGGCUCUAAUGCUGCCAGUUCCCGAAUACCACCAGUGGAUGGCGAUGUAGACCUGCGAGAGGAGGAGAUGGAGCAGUCAGUAUUUGGACUGUGUUUUGCUCUGGAUCCCUCCAGCGUCCCUCCAUCCCUCCUUCUUUCUAACGGCUCGCUCACUGCCACCUACCGAGGCCCUGCUACCCCACCUCCAGACAACAAGGUCAGAGGGCCAAAGAUGACCUCUGACCCCAUGGUCCCAUUGGUCCUGCCGCAGGUGUGCGCGGAUGUAGUCAUUGCCCGGGGACAGUAUUACUGGGAGGUGGAUGUGUGUAACAGCUCCAUGUACAGGAUUGGUGUGAUCUCAUUGGAUGGUUGCAGUGGCUGGUGGCUGGAAAGGCAGGGCCUGUCUUUUUGGGCAGUGUAUGAUGGGAGCUGGGAGCCGCUCUACACUGUCCCACCCCAGAUCAAAAGCCUGGGGAUCUUCCUUAACAUUGGAGGGGGGGCCCUGAGCUUCCACAACCCUCUGACCCACGAGCACCUAGCCACACUUCCUACCCGCUUUGGCACCGCUGGGGUGCUCCCGGCUCUGGGCCUGGGCCAGGGCCGCCUGAGGCUGCGCUGCGGUGUGCCUCCUCCACCCCAUGUCUUCCUCAGUAAGGAUUCAACCUACAAGGGGCCAGGCGUUGCCAGUAGAGGCCAGUGGUGCAGGGAGACUCCUUUCUGGUCAGUGAGGAAAGUGAUACAGAAGUUUGAGGAGCUGGCCGUGUCGGACUCAGACUCGGGCGUGGUGUCCAGCUUUGGAUCGUCCUUGGCUUCCCUUCCAGAUCUGGAGAAUCCUGGGUUGCUUCCCUCUGGGCACUGGAGCUGAAUGAGAAACGCUCCUGAAACUUCCUCUUCGAUGGGAGCAUAAAAAACUCCACCACCACUCCUCAGAGGGGUUUGAUCUCUACAUGUCAAUUGAAAGGCUAAUUUUUCAUCUUGAGGGACUGCUGGUUGCCUCUCUCCACUCUCUGUGUGACCCCGGACCUGCAAUUGACUCUCUCCCCAGGACACAGGCUUUUCUCUCAACCACACAACCCCCGCUGGUUUGGGCUUGGGCCAGAAACAGUCCUCUAUAAUGUGAAGUGUGAGGAAACAGUGGGCUUUUAGCAGCGGGACGCCCUGAUUUGUCUCUGUGUGCCGGUUGUCGGACGGUAGGGGGUCCUACAGUAGUAAUGUGCACGUUCCUGUGUGUGUAUGUGGGCCUAAGCACUCCCAUAAGUGCGUGUGCAUUUGCUCUCUCACUCAUCCAUUUCGGUGUGUGUGUGAGGGAACAAUGUACGAGCGGCAGGGGGGGAGAUGGCGAGGUGCGAGUACAGUGACACCGGCGGUGUUGACACAGAGCAGCAAGAACAGGUGGUAACAUACGUUCAUCCCGCGGCCUCCCUUCGCUAGGACAGUAGGCCUGUCCUUUUCUGACCUUUUGAAAACCACAGGACUCCCCGAGACUUCAAAAGAACAACAGAGAGCAGGAGAACAGAGAGGGAGAGAGAGAAAACAGCACGCAUGAAUUAAAGACAGCAGGUGAUGAAGUGGUAAGAUAAAAAGGAAGAAGAAGAGAUGGGCAGAGAAAGAGAUUCUUAACGGCUCUCAUGAAUCCCCGAAUAGAUCAAGUGGCUCAGGCUACACUAUCUGAGGAUUUGUUUUAAGGUAGAAGCUGCAGAGGUUUUGACGUCACAGCGUACUAAUGAAUAAACAUUAGAUUUCUUGGCAUAUGAAAUAAUGAAAGUGGAAAGUUCAUUAUGGGGAAUUAAAGCGUUUUAAUAUCUUGAUUUGCUAAGCUUUUCCUUGGCGACUUAGACCUUCUCUUGUGUCUCUCCGUCAUUGGCUUUUCGCUCCACUCAGCCCUGGUUUUUGCAUGUUGGGACGUUGGGCACACAUUCAAUUCCAGCAAUUCUGGCAAAGAGGAUGGUGAAAGUAUAAACUUUUCCUCAUUUUCUCCUCAAUCCUCUGGGCUCCAAGUCCCAUUUGUAGAACCACUGGUGCCGAGGACUAUUUAUACUUGGCAUCGCUCGAUGUUCAUAUUCAUUCAGCCUGUGGCCACUUAUGAAUAAGAAUUGUAGAGGCCAUUGAAGGAGUCGCCCUCUGCUUUUCUGUCAGUGCCAGGGUUUGCUUCUUUGGAAGGUGCAGUCUCAAGAGAAUUUAGUCAGACCACCCAAACCUCAAAUGUGACUGUGAAGGAGAAAAAGAUCCAUCAGAAUCAAUCAGAAGUUUCUGUGCAGAUCCUCUGAGGAAGAGCAGCAGUGACGGAUUUUACAUUCACGAAAAGAGUGAAGAAUAUUGCUGAUGAGUCGUGUGAGAAAACGACAGAGAAGCACAUCAGGAUGACAGUGUGUUGAUGUUUAACGGACAGCGUAUUUACCACGAGGGUUAAAAAAUGUGUGUGCCUUGACUGUUUUGGAGCAGCUCUUUCUUUCUCUCUUUCAUUCUUUCUUUCUCUUUCUCUCUCUCUCACGUACAGAGUGUGUUGAAGUAAUCCGACUCUUGUAAACAGAAAAAUGAGAGCGACAUGAUGCAGAUUUCAAAGGGCGGAGUGUGACAGGGAGGAUGGAUGAGACUGGAGGCCCGUUGGGCCAUGUGUGCGUACAAAGGCCAAACAUGGAUUCUGACUCAAUGUAACUAAGGACAGUCGCUCCAUUUUCAUUUGUUGAAUUCAGGAUAUUUAUUAAUGUAUUUCACUGUUGUGCAUUCUUUCUAUUCUACUGUUUAAUAUGUUCAAUUAUAAUUUUGACUUUACACUUUCACAUCCGUAUGUUGUCUUGUGAUUUUGCUCUUGUCUUUAUGCUUGUUAUAGCCUAUGAAUAGCACUUUGAUUGGCCUUGUUGUUGAAUUGUUCCAUACAAAUAAACUUGACUUACUUUAA